AUGGCGAAUCAAAUGCCGAUAUAUAGUCAAGUAGUGCCGAAGUCACAGUACCGUGGAAAGAAUUCUAAAGGCAUGGCCACACGUGAGGUACGAGCGCAGAACUUGACGCGGGGUGACUUUGAUCCUUUGAAUUUCAAUCACAGCGGAAACAUGCCGCUGAUCAACACACCUUUAGAAAGCAGAGUGGAAAAGUUAGAGAAAAGGGAGGCGAGACGGAAAGAGGAGGCCAUUCGCGCGAGGCGGAAAAAUGAGGCAAACGAGGGGAAGGUUGAGGCGUAUUUAAGGCAGAAUCAAGUCAGUAUGAGGCAGCAGCAACAUAGACAUUCGGCCGUAAGGCAGGCGGAGCACAGAGUAAAUCUUAGGUCUCUUCCACUAAACGACAUUUCUACCCCUCGAGGCCACGAAAGAACACCGACUGAUAGGCACCGGGGAUUUCCGGAAAGGGAACGUGACGGCUCCAGGGAGUACCGGCGUGAGAGGGAGAGGGACAAAGAUCGAGAGCGAGACAACUUUGAGUUUGACGUAACGCCAUUAAGUCCAAUAGCGUCGCGAGCUUACGAAAAGGAGUCGAACCGACCAGUCCGCAAAUCAUCUUCUGCGCAUAGAGUGACUGAGGCGACCAUAAGCACGGACAAGAGACGGUUUUUCUGCAGGGAGUGGGCCUUCCAAAAGAUCGCACACUGCCUCGAGCAAAGGCCAGUCAGUAAAACCUGUGGAGCGCUAAUAUUAGGCGAUGCGGGCAGCGGUAAAACAGCUCUGUGUCAAGAGCUAAGUCAACCGGGACAGGGCCCCCAGGCGCGGCAACAGAGGGCUUUGAACAGGAGAUUGCUAGCUCGAUAUUUUUUGCAGGGCGAUAAUGAGAGCAGCCUUCGUCCGGGUGAAUUUGUUCGUUCGUUAGCGAUGCAGAUCCUGAGCCACUCGUCGCGCCGACCUCGGCCAGAUUCGGACCGCGACCACUCGCCCAGGGACGACAACACCCCGCUUACCAACAGGCGUAAUUCGGAAGAGGAGCGGUUAAUACAACGCUUCCGCGACCUCGGCGAUGACGGCGAAGAGAGUUCCAAGCCGCUACUCGCCGAUAGUGAAGAACAACGCACGGACGAGGAGGAGUCUGGAAGUGGUCGCCGGACUCGAACCAUCGACCGCAUCCACGAACGCGACACUUACACCGACUCCAUGCCAGCUGACGCUGCACUUAGCCGGUCAGAUGAUUUGCCAGAAAUCUUGCCCAGAUCAAGUGUCAUACCAACGAAUCCAUUCAUUAAUGAGGAGAACAAUCCAGAUUUCCGUCUAUAUGAGAACCACGAGAACCUAUUUCUAAGAAACAUAUCUCAACGGCAGUCCAAAGAACUGAGGAAUUCAAGGCUCCUCCGCCAAAGCUCCGAGCCUUUGACGGAAAAGAAGCCCACAUUGUUACAGAAGAGUCUCUCAACAGAACAGAAGAAUGAGAGCUCCAGUGAGAAUGACAGACCCAAAAUAGAAAACAGUCCGCCAAAAUCUCGAAUACCGGUCGCAAAUUUUCGCUACCCGAACAAGAGUGAUCUGCGACCUAGUUCGAGCGAGAAUUCUCCACACAAGCAACGCCUCGAUGACAAAAAGGACCGACCGUCUACGCCCAAAGAAAAUGUCGAAUCGAACGAACUUCCAGAAUACCAGAACGUCUUAAAGCCCGAUUCGCUAGCAUCUGAGGAAGUAAAAAAUGAUAUACAAACUGAUAUAGAGAAGUUACUGGAAAAGAAGCGAUCUGAAAGCGAAGAUAUGCCUCCACCAAUACCAAGUCUGCCGAUAAGUCCAAGGACACUGAUCGCCAACGCGUAUUACGACAAGUUGCUCUCCGAACCGGAGAUACAGCAGGCUUUGCUGCCGCAAAAUCUCGAGAAGAAUCCCGACGAAUGUUUCAAGAAGGCUUUGCUGUUUCCGUUACUGGAAAUUGAUCCGCCAAAGCAGUGUCUGUUUCUUUUAGUUGAUGCAAUCGAUGAGGGGUCUUUUGGUGGGCAAUCACAAGGUGAGACGUCUGAUGAUGUAGCUUCGCUGUUGGCUCAACACCAACAUCUUCUACCGCAUUGGCUGCUCUUAGUAUGCACGGCUCGGCGGCAUUGUAAAGGACUCACUAAGAUGUUUACUGGGUUCAGAAAAAUUACUUUGGACGAGCUGCAGAGAGCGCACGUGUCAGCUGACGUGCAGCGAUAUGUCCUAGCGCGACUGGACACCGAACCUAAGUUGCGGGCGCGGGUGUCAAGUGACUCCACGGCCGCGGCUGCUGCAGCGGCUGCACUAGAUCAUCUGCGUAUCAAAAGCGAUGGCUGCUUGCUCUACCUCGAAAAGGUUUUAGACGGCGUGGCAGAUGGGUUUAUAGCGCUGCGAGAAAUACGAGAGAUACCGGGCACUUUGAAUGGAUUGUACCUGUGGCUGGCGCAGAGAUUAUUCCACGGACGGCGAUUCACUAAGGUUCGUCUGUUACUGGAUGUACUGUUAGCGGCCCGAUGCGGUGUCACAGAGGAGAUGCUUUACAAAUGUCUCCUCACCAAAGAAUACAGUGUCACUAGAGAAGACUUCAAUCGUCGCCUACAUUUAUUGCGAAGGAUCCUGGUGAUGGAGCGGUCGACGGGGUUCCUGUCGAUCUUCCACCACUCGUUCGCCAAGUGGCUGCUGGACGUGAAGCACUGCACGCGCCGCUACCUGUGCUGCCCGGCCGACGGCCACGCCGCGCUCGCCAUGUACUACACGCUCGACGCGAGAAGGUUAAGCGCAUUGGAGAUUCAUAACUACGUUUAUCAUAUGACGCAUUUGGAGCAACAUAUGGCUGCGCAAAAGAAAAUCAAACCAGGCGAUCAAGAAGACGUGCUGGACCUCCAUACGUUAAUUCUUCUCUGGGUUCUGGAUUCCGGUUGCGAUGUGGAGUCAGCUUUGAAGAGAGAGAUUGAAACUGUGAGGCAAAUUGAGCGCACUGAUUCCCAGAAUAAUGAAAUAAAACCAGAUGAUAAGGAAAUUGAUCCGGAAUCAGAAGGCAAAGAAUCAAUAUCAGAACCCUCAGCGUUAGAAACAAUAAUGCCGGAAUUAGUGAGUGGCAGCGCUAGUGUGCGAUGGCCUCGCGACCGUCGCGUGAUGCGGGCGCUACUCGAACUAAGUCGCGCAGAUCCCACCCCCACGGAGCCAGAUAGUGAACACCUCGACGAAAUACAAGACUUGCAUGACUUGUUAGCGACAGAGCAGCCAGUAGAAAGCGAAGACAACCAAGAAGGCAGCGCGGAAGAACAAGAAGAAACGAUCCUAGUUGAUCCUAGCACAGUCCACGAGCUGGCGACGCGUGGUGAUGAGGAAACUCUCGCCAUUUUGCUGAAACGUUACCCGCAGCUGGCGCAGGCCGCGGACGCGUGCGGCAGCACGGCGCUGCACGCGGCGGCGCGCGGCGGGCGCGCGGGCUGCGCGGCGCUGCUGCUGCGCGCCGGCGCCGACGCCUCCGCGGCCGACGCGGACGGCUGGAGCCCGCUGCGCGCCGCCGCCUGGGCCGGACACAGCGAGGUUGUAGAAGUCCUGCUCGAAUAUGGAUGUGACGUGGAUUGUGUGGAUGCAGACAACAGAACUGCUUUGAGGGCGGCGGCGUGGUCGGGGCACGAGGCGGUGGUGGCGCGGCUGCUGGCGGGCGGCGCGCGCGCGGACCGCGCGGACGCGGAGGGCCGCACGCCGCUCAUCGCCGCCGCGUACAUGGGCCACGCGGACAUCGUGCGCGCGCUGCUCGACGCCGGCGCGGACGUCGACCACGCGGACGCGGACGGUCGAACGGCACUAGCAGUAGCGGCACUAUGUGCAGCGGGCGCGCCUUGUGCGGCACUGCUAAUAGAACGCGGCGCUGACGUACACAAGGCUGAUAGGGAUAGAGCAACACCACUGCUUGUGGCCGCUUUUGAAGGGCAUACCGAGAUCUGUGAGCUGCUGCUGGAGGCGGAGGCGGACAUAGAGGCGAGUGACGUGGCGGGGCGCACGGCGCUGUGGGCGGCCGCGUCGGCGGGCCACGCGCGCACCGUGCGCUUGCUGCUGUUCUGGGGCGCGUGCGUCGACAACAUGGAUGCCGAAGGUCGGACCGUGUUAAGCACCGCCGCAGCACAAGGCAAUGUGGAAGUGGUCCGUCAGUUACUAGACAGAGGUCUAGACGAACACCAUCGAGACAAUUCCGGCUGGACGCCAUUACACUACGCCGCUUUUGAAGGACACAUUGAGGUGUGCGAGGCGCUGCUGGAAGCGGGUGCGCAGGUGGACGAAGCGGACAACGACGGCAAGGGCGCGCUGCUGCUAGCGGCGCAGGAAGGACACACGCGCCUCGUGCAGCUGCUGCUGGACCGCUGGGCCGCGCCCGUCGACCAGCGCGCACACGACGGCAAGACCGCGCUCAGGUUGGCGGCGCUGGAGGGGCACUUCGAGACGGUGGCGGCGCUGGUGGCGCGCGGCGCGGACGUGGACGCGCUGGACGCGGACCGGCGCAGCACGCUGUACGUGCUGGCGCUCGACAACCGCCUGGCCAUGGCGCGCCAGCUGCUCGCCUCCGGCGCCAGCGUGCACUGCAGCGACACCGAGGGUCGCACACCAUUACACGUGUCCGCGUGGCAAGGGCAUACAGAAAUGGUCAACUUGCUAAUAACAGUCGGCGGAGCCCUUGUGGACGGGCGCGACCGGUGUGCGCGCACGGCGCUGCACGCGGCGGCGUGGCGCGGCCGCGCGCCGGCGCUCAGGGCGCUGCUGCGACACGGCGCCUCGCCCUCGGCCGUCUGCACGCAGGGUGCCACGCCCCUAGGUAUAGCAGCGCAAGAAGGGCACGAGGAGUGCGUGCUAUGGCUGUUACAACACGGUGCCGACCCUUUGCAAGCCGACCAUUGUGGUCGAACUCCUGCGAAGGUGGCGUGGCGCGCGGGGCACGCCGCAAUCUGCCGCCUGCUGGAGCGCUGGGCCGCGCCCUCCGCCCCCGCCGCCCCCGCACCCGCACCCGCCCCCGCGGCACCCGCAGCUACCGCGGCGCUCCUCCCCACACCAGCCGUCGACGAAGUCCUACGUCCCCGCCCUGCAGCUUCACCCGAGUACAAACGGCGGAGCGUCCACAGUUCAAACUCUACAAAAUCCUCGUCAAAUCUAACGGGUGGAUCGGCACGAUCGCACGAACAACCUGACCACGACUUGUCCCACAACGACAAGGCUAAUCGAACAAACCUAUCCUUGUCAUUCGCUCAACAAGUUGCACGUUGCGGACGAAGUAGACGAGAUAAAGAGCGAGACGAACCCAUACCGGAGCAUCAUGUGGUUGAGAAGGACUCUAAACUCAGAAGCUACAUAGCAAAUGAACGUGACGCGGAACUACACGGAUACGCCCGCGAGAGGGACAGGCGACGGGAAGAGAGGCAUGGAUACAGCGGGUGCGAGCGAGAGAGCACUAGUCCAUUGUACGCGUCGCCGCCACGUAGUCCCGUCAGCGACAUCUGUAGUCCUACGACACAACCUUUAGGAGCUUUUGGCUCCCAACCGCCGAGCCUGACCUCAGUUCAACCCGUUCUAACGGAUACGCACUUCAACCGCGACACACACAUGCGCAUCAUACUUGGCCGGGACAGCAAACCAUCUAACGACCGAUCUGAUAACAAAAGCAAGCGAAACGGUAUGGUCACAAACCCAGCAAUGAGGCUAGUUGCCAAUGUGAGGAAUGGACUGGACAGUGCAGCUGCGAACAUCCGUCGGACGGGCGUGGCUUUAGCUGCUAGCGCCAGUUCCUCCAACCCGGCCGUCAAAACGAACGCAUUUCAGUGGCGGAAAGAAACGCCGCUAUAA